GAACACUUUAAAAUGGAUUUUUCGUACGUGCUUUCAAUUAUUUUGAAAAUUUUGGCAUUUAUUGGAUUUUAUCAGUCGGAAAAUGAAUUGCGGACGAGAAAGAAAAAUGUGAUUAUUAUUAUGGCAGAUGACAUGGGGUACAAUGACGUUAGUUUUCGAGGAAAUACUGAAAUACCGACUUAUAAUAUUGACGCACUAGCUUUUAGUGGUGUGGUGUUAAAUAACUUUAAAACACCACCAAUGUGCACACCAAGUCGAAGUGCAUUAAUGACUGGCAAAUACCCACACAAAAUAGGAAUGCAUGACUUUGUAAUAGUGUCAAACGAGCCUUGGGGGUUAGAUCCAAAAGAGAAAAUAUUGCCGCAAUAUUUCAAGGAAGCUGGCUACGUCACACGAUUAGUUGGAAAGUGGCAUUUGGGACAUUUCCAACAGCAGUACACACCAACAAAGCGACACUUUGAUUCCUUUUUUGGAUAUUUAACUGGUGUCAUUGACUAUUUUGAUCAUACAAAUUUUGGUCCAAAUUCAUCCACUGGACUUGAUUUCCGCAGGAAUCUUGAAAUUGACAAAACAUCCACAACAAAAUACGCGACAGAUUUAUUCACAGAGGAGGCUGUGCAGCUGAUAAAAAGCCAUAAUAAAUCAAAACCUCUCUACCUUCAAUUAAAUCACUUGGCACCACACAGUGGAAGCAGAUUGGAUCGUCCGAUGGAUGUUAAGCCUGAAAUCCUUUCAAAAUUCUCAUACAUUGAAGAUCCAGUUCGACGAAAUUUGUCAGCAAUGAUUUAUGAGCUUGAUAAGAGUGUGGGUGAGGUUAUUCAUGCAUUAAAGGAUAACGAUAUGUUGGAUGAUUCUAUCAUUAUUUUUUACAAUGACAACGGAUGUCCGACUUAUGGACAUUUCGGUACGCAUUGCUCGAAUUAUCCAUUGAGAGGGCAAAAGGCAACAGCAUUUGAAGGUGGAACAAGAACAAAUGCCAUAAUAUACUCAAAUGAGCUACCAAAAGGAUCCAUCCGUAACCAAAUGAUCCAUGUCAGUGACUUAUUGCCAACAUUAGACACCCUUUCAGGUGCUAGCUUCAAAUAUCCCACAAAAAUUGAUGGAAUCGAUCAGACAACCCGAGCGGCACAAGGUGGAGGGUGGUCUCCAUAUGGAAUCCAUAUGAAAGCCACCUCCACUAUGUGGGAAGUAAAUGGAGGGUUAUUUUUUCAUCCUUCAUAUUGAUUCCAUUUGGAUUCCAUAUGAACUCCGCUUUUUCUUAAAUCAAAUACCGAAAAACUCGUGCUUUUGAAUUUUUAAAAGACAAAGGUCAGAUCUUACUGUAAUGGAUUGAAAUAUUGUCGAAAAGCUUUACUGAAUCAUAUUGCUUCAUUUCAAGCUUUAAAAAAGCAAAAAAGAAUAAUUUUUUGUGAUUUUGUAUGAAAUUACAUACUUCACAAGCGCAUGCAGAAAUCACUAUUAUAUGGGGUCGUUUAAUUUGUAUGAAAAUUUUUAAUAAUUUCUUAUGUUUCUCACGCGUGUGAUCGAGACUUAGAAAUUUCUGUGGUUGCGACUUAAUUAAAUUAAGUUGUAAAUUUUUCAAUGGUGUUAGUGUACUUUAAUUAAGUCCACUAAUACAGCUACAAAUCUUGAUAUAAAAAUUGCGAAACAUAGAAAAACACGUGGAAAAUCGUACCAAAAAUCCUUUGAAAAAAACUUCCAUUAAACCUCCGUUUGACUACCACAAAUGGAUCCUCCAUCCUCCAUCAAAACCUCUCAAAUGACUUCCAUUUGGUGUUAAUAAAUGCACGUCCCACGGAAGAUUUUCGGAGCUUUGGCUCCGUCAAAGUUCCAUGAUAGUAAGGUUUUCGGAAGAUUUUCAAAUGGAGGGUGGAACAUGGAGGCUCCGUAUAGCUUCCAUAUGGAAGGCAAAUGGAGCCUUUGUGCCGCUCGGGCAAGAACCCUAAAAGAUGAAAACAUAGAAGCUUUAAGGAAUGAAAUAUUCACUAUUGACAAUCAAGGUUAUGCGUACAAUAACGUUUUUAUAACAAUAAAAAGAUUCUCAUUGGGACAAAGUUUGAUGGCUUAUAUGAUACACAUUUGGGAGCAAACAUAAACAGAGACAUCAAUUCCAACAACUACAAUGAGAAUGUCGUCAAUUCUGCUGCCGGAAAAGCUUUCGAUUUAAAGCUAGAUCAACAGAAAAUAAAUCAUUUUAGGAAAAUUGUCCAGAUUAACUGCACAAGCGCAGAAAUGAAAAAUUCGUGUGAUUUAAUGAAAGCUCCAUGUCUCUUUGAUCUUAGUGUUGAUCCAUGCGAAGCAAAUAAUUUAGCAGAUAAACAUCUUGAAUUGUUGAUAGAAAUGAAAGCAAGAUUUGAUAUUCAAAUGACAUUUGCGGUUGAAAGUCGCAGACAACCGUCAGAUCCACUUGCUGAUCCGAAGUUUCAUGAUUUUACGUGGACAUGGUGGCAGGAUGAUGAGUUUGGUGGCUGAUGGAAGUCGUGAUUGUGAAGCGAAUUGUUUGAGUGGUCUAGGGAAUUAAAUAAGUGGAAAUAUUAAUUUUUUUGAAAAUUUCUUUCAUUCAAACCUGUUUUGUGCCUUAAAAUUCAUAAACAAUACGUGAGACAAUAAAAUAAAAUAA